AUGUGGACACGGGUCUCUUCCAGCGACGGAAACCGGUACAUUCUGAGAGGAAGUUUUCUCUCAGUGAAGAGCGAUUACUACUUACAAGAAAGCAGUAAUCUAGCUUUUGUUGCCUAUAAGACAUAUGCCUACGAAGCGGUAUAUUACUCUGCGGAACUGAAGGAAUUACCUGGACAGGCACUCAAAUUUUCAGAGCUGUUUCCCUCCUUUGAUCUUAAGAAGGAAAUCCACUCCCCUUACCUUUUCUGGUACUGCACUCGGCCAUCAUAUGAGUCUGUGGUGCAAGAGUUGCCGUCUCACCAUACAGCCUUUGUCAAAUUAUUUGCAUAUUGGGUGCAUACUAACUCUGAAAGGGAAUAUGCAGACGCAGAAGACCAGAUUUCUAGGGGAGUCAUAUCUUCUGAGUCCAUGAAGUACCUCGUAAGACCAGGUAAUCCUAGUGUCUCUCAAGGACCGGGCCUACUUCAAGCCUAUCAGGCUACGUCUCUUGCUAACAUUUGGGAGGAUUCGGCCUGGGCCUACGAAUUUGAUGGGUCUUUCUACAAGAAACCUAUCUCCUUGGAGCUUAAACUCGAUGUCAAAGAUCCCAAGCAGGAGGUUGAAUUAAAUACUUUGCAAGUCGUUCCACUCAAUUUUGUCACCCUGAGAUUCGAAGAAUACUUGAGCUUCGGGGCCAGACGUACUGGGCAUGUCGCAAAAAGAAAUUUAUCUCGUACAGUGGCCGAGAUAACAUUGAUUCCCUCAAUAGUACAACUCCACCCCCUUGAGAAGCAAAUCUCCGUAAUAAAUCGCAAAGAGAUCUCACCGGAGCAGAUGAAUGUUGAUGAGCCCCCGAUAGCGCCAGAGAUAUUCUUCUUCCCACUCCGUAUUGUGAGUUUCAAUCUUCGUCGCAAGAAAUGGGUGGAUCUCGAGGUCGACCUCAUCAAGGAAGUUGAAUGGAACAAAGACUCCUUUGAUAACUUGGUGAUUGCUGAAGAGACUAAAAAGCUCGUUCAGGCCUUGAUAACUAAUCGACUCGUAGCCGAACGGGGAACAGAUAUGGUUGAUGAUAAGGGCAACGGGCUAACGAUUCUCUUACACGGGGCUCUUGGUACUGGAAAGACCUUUACUGCUGAAAGCGUGGCGGAGCUGGCUGAGAAACCUCUUUACCGGGUAGCCUGUAGCGACAUUAGGGCAAAACCUGAGGAUGUUGAGCAAUAUCUGGAGUCUGCUCUUCACCUAGGGAAAAUCUGGGAUUGUGUUGUACUCCUGGACGAGGCGGAUGUGUUCCUUCAAGAACUGACUGUCUUCCUGCGCGUGCUUGAAUACUACGACGACAUCCUGAUUUUGACCUCCAACCGCGUAGGCACAUUCGACAAAGCUUUCAAAUCCCGCAUCCAAGUAAAAUCGAGCACCCCAAACAUCGAUUCCGAUGAUAUCAAAUGCUAUAUUAGUGAGCUCACCGAGCAGCAGAUGAACGGGUGCAAGAUCCGUAAUGCCAUAACGACCAGUCGACAGCUGGCUAAGUUCAAGAACAAAAAGAUGUCACAUGCAGAUCUGAAGCAUGUGCUCAAUAUUGCUGGGCAAUUUAAUAAAUAUCUCUCUAGGCUGAAGGAAGGAUCCAUAGAUGAUGAAAUUUCCCGCGAGUCUAGUAUUCGCUGA